AUGAUCUUUGGCAUGGAUACUAACAGUGUAGCGGGCCCAAAUGGUUUCUCAGCUUUAUUCUUCCAGCAUUGUUGGGAUAUUAUUCAGGAGGAUGUUUACAGGGCAGUAUUGGAUUUCUUUGACGGUGGUCACUUUUCUCGAGGUUUUUUUACUACUAUUAUUGUCUUACUCUCAAAGAAGGAUAGUACAUAUAGAUGGAUCGAUUUUGGAUCCACCAGUUUAUGUACGGUGUUCAACAAGCUUAUUACUAAGCUUUUGAAUACUCGGUUGAGUACCUUGCUACCAUGCAUUGUCUCUCAUCAGCAGAGUGGUUUUAUCCUCGAUAGAUUGAUAGGGGACAAUAUCUUAUUGGUGCAGGAGCUCUUCCAUAUGUUGGAUGAUCGAGUGUGA